UCCGAUAUGACGGAUGCUAGCAGAUUAGAGGCUAUGUAGGUAGCCUCCUUCUGCCUAUGCCACGCACCGCCGCAUCUCAGUACGCACUGGGCUCCCCGUCCUCGUUGUGGGGGAUAAGAGCAAGCCGAUAUUUCUGAAACGCAUAGCAGCAUAGAGGUUUAAACGAUGGAUUUCAAUGUGAAAAAGCUGGCGUCGGAUGCGGGCGUCUUCUUCACCCGGGCCGUUCAGUUUACAGAGGAGAAGUUGGGCCAGGCGGAGAAGACCGAGCUUGACGCGCACCUUGAGAACCUGAUUGCUCGGGCAGACUGCACCAAGAACUGGACAGAGAAGAUCUUCAGACAGACCGAGAUUCUUCUGCAGCCCAACCCAAUUGACAGCACUGGUGCGCGUAUUGAAGAGUUCUUCUAUGAGAAAUUGGACAAGAAGAUCCCCAUGAGGACCACUAAUGGGGAGCUACUGGGCCAGUACAUGCUGGAUGCUGCUAAGGACUUCGGUCCCGGAACUCCGUAUGGGAGCACUCUUAUAACAGUCGGCGAGUACCAGAAGAAAUUGGGUGGGGCUGAGCGUGACUUUCUGCAGACGUCAGCCAUCAACUUCCUGACCCCUCUGCGCAACUUCCUGGAGGGAGACUGGAGGACCAUUUCUAAAGAGAAGCGACUCUUGGAGAACCGGCGUCUGGAUCUGGAUGUGUCCAAAGCUCGGCUCAAGAAGGCCAAGCUUGCUGAGGCCAAAGCUGCUGCUGCACCCGAUUUUCAGGAGACAAGGCCUCGCAAUUAUGUGCUCUCUGCCAGUGCAUCUGCGUGGUCAAGGGAUUUUGCAGACUCUGACUCAGAAUCAGAGAGAAAGCUGUGGAGUGAGGAGGUGGACAAAGCCGAGCAUGAGUUGCGUGUAGCCCAGACAGAGUUUGACCGGCAGGCCGAGGUGACCCGGCUCCUCCUGGAGGGCAUCAGCAGCACCCAUGUGAACCACCUGCGCUGCCUGCAUGAGUUUGUGGAGGCCCAGGCCACAUAUUAUGCCCAGUGUCACAAGCAUAUGCAGGAACUCCAGAAGGAACUAAGAAGUGCGAAUGGGGACUCGAUUCCGAAUGCUUUCACCGGAAGCCCUUCCACUUCGGCUGUGUUGGCUGGCCCCUCUGGCCUGUCCAGCAGUUCCCUGCCUGGGGCCUCUCCCCCAGCCCGUCCCCCUGUGAGCAGUGGUCACAGUGGUCUGGAGGCCAGCACGCUGAAGAUUGAGGAGGUGCAGCCACCUGCUACAGGCACACGCAAGGCCAAGGUCCUGUACGACUACGACGCGGCCGACACCAGCGAGCUCUCCCUAUUGGCUGAUGAGCUCAUCACAGUGUACACAGUGCCUGGCAUGGAUCCUGAUUGGCUGAUCGGAGAGCGAGGCAACCAGAAAGGCAAAGUACCGGUCACGUACCUGGAGCUGCUCAGUUAGACCUCAGGCUGGACCAAUCCAAAUACACACCAAGGACUCGCAUGUGUGUGUGUGUGUGUGUGUGUGUGUGUGUGUGUGUGUGUGUGUGUAUAAAUAAAUAUGCAGCACACACAGACUCACAAGGACAUAUUUAAACACACUUAUAUUUAUAAGGGCAUACAUUCCCACAGAGACACAUUUGAACUUACAUGUACUAUCCAUACACAAUAGAUACAAAUGCACACACAAAGACAUACACAUUCUCAGAAACUCUCAUAGGCGCUAGUAUGUUCUAGCUAAUAAAAACAGUUUUUGAGAUGCAAUUGAGGUAAAGCACAGGAAAAUGGUAGCAGACACAAAAGUCCUUUGACCCGGAAUGCAUGUGAAGUUUACCAAACUGAUCCGCUAGGGCAUCACACAUUUUCUUUCGUGACCCUUAAGUCUAUACUGAUUUACCCACGCAAACACACUCAAAAGUGUGAUUAAUGCAUAUUACAGUUAUGACCCUGGGCGUAUAACAUUGUGCUUGGACCCAUGAAUAGAAAAUUGGCCCUCUUACAGUCUGUAACUUUUUUUUUUUUUAAGAUUUCAGAUGUUUUAUUUUUGUGCAUUCUGCUCCCGCAUAGACACAUGAGUCCUUGCAUUUGUGUAUUUAUGUUACUUGAUUGAUUUGCCGACGUGUCCUUGAGUGCGCUCCCUUGUUCCUGUGAUCAUACGUAGGCCUGCCCAACCAGGUCCACUCUCCAGCUGAGCAGCCAGUGGUUCCUGUGAUCAUACGUAGGCCUGCCCAACCAGGUCCACUCUCCAGCUGAGCAGCGAGUGGUUCCUGUGAUCAUACGUAGGCCUGCCCAACCAGGUCCACUCUCCAGCUGAGCAGCCAGUGGUUCCUGUGAUAAUACGUAGGCCUGCCCAACCAGGUCCACUCUCCAGCUGAGCAGCCAGUGGUUCCUGUGAUAAUACGUAGGCCUGCCCAACCAGGUCCACUCUCCAGCUGAGCAGCCAGUGGUUCCCAACAGGGUUGAGCUAUUGGGAUUUGUUGAUGUGUGUUUGUGAGUGGUCUGCAUUUCUUUGAUUGAAUGUGGUAUUGUAAUUAAAAUGAGCAUUUCUUCUUUACACAUUUCUGUUGCUCUAUUAAGCUGCUCUGUUUGUGUUGGGCUGUCUGUCUGUCACUCCUUGUUUGAUGUGGGUAUUUGUUUGGUGCAAAAAAAGAUUUACAGUACUCGUUUUGACCAUAAACUUUGUAUAAUUUUUUAAAGAGUCCAGCAAUUUGUGAUUAAUUGUGACCAUUACUUCUCCCUUUCACUGUGAUGUUUGGUCUCUCCUGUCCUCAAAAUGUUUUGUGUACUUAAUUCCUGUUCUUAAACAGAUGUGUAUGGAAUGAAAUGACUUGAAUAUAAUAAAGAUAGCUUUAUUGA